ACCGUCUCCAAGCUAAAAUAUAUCUGAUUUUGAUUGGAUAGAAUACAUGAUUCAUCAUGAAAUAGAAGACGCAGAAAAUAUGAGCGCGUAUCUCCCUUUCUUGUAUGUUAUUUUAAUGCAAAACCCUCCUCAACUUUAUCUAUAAAAUUUCAUCCCAACGAGCAAAUCACGAAUCGGUUGGUUGCUCCGACGAGUCUUGAGUAUUUCCAAAAGGAGAGAAAGCCUAUUUUGGCAGUACUUCCAUUAGUUUCCCCCAACAACAGAAAGAGUGCCAAUUAGAUUGCUUCCCAAACCACGGUGUGCAAAGAGGGAAAAUAUAGGAGACGUAUCACAUGAGUUCUUGUUUAUGCCAUGCUUUAUUUCUCGCUCUCAAAAUGAUCCCUCAAGUCGUUCGUCCUUCUAUUGCUACUAUCUCUAAGCGUUUUUUGGUCCGUACUUACUUUGCUUCUCGCGUUUCUGCCUUUUCUCAUCAAGAAGCCAACUAUCAACUUGAAAAGGCUCAUCAUCAAGUUGCUCCCUUGACUGAUUCUACCCUUUAUACUCCUCAAGGCCACACCUCAACUCCUGCUCCUGCUUCUACUUCUUCUACCUCUGCUUCUAUCAACACCAGUAGCGAUGAAAACACGGCUUCUGUCUUUACCCCUUCUGUAAAUGCUAUCUUUGACGACUAAUUGAGUUGUCUAUAGUUCUUCUGUAAAUAAUCCUCUCUGUCCUUUCUAAUCAUGCAUACCAAUACUCUUAAUAAAAUGUCAAUUUUUUUCCUGGCUUGUGAAAUCACAGAUGUUGUUCCGAAAAUAAGUCACGUACUCUAAACUAUAAUAAUAUGCCAGCCGAUAACUCCAUCAAGAUUUUCUCAGGUAAUGCCUCUCCUGCACUUGCCG